UACCGAGUGGCGGCCUGGAGGGCUCCUUGUGACAGUAAACAAAAAGGGUGUGUUGAGGGUGUCACAGGGUUCAAACAGACCAGAGAGAUCAGAAGUUUGAUUCCCACAAAGCUCAGAAAUAGAGAAUAAAUUCAAAAAUUGCUGCUGGUGACUUUCCUCCAGGAUAUGAAUCAAGUGAGUGGAGAAGAAAAAAAAACAUGGUGAAACGCCGCCAGAUUCAUAGUUCAUCCUCAGCAGAUUGCUGGUCAAUCAUUAAUGAAGCCAUGAUGGAUUUAUGGCUCCAGGAGGCUCCAUAAAUGCCUCAUAAAGCUUUUUUUGAAAAUGGAGGUCUAGAAGUCACUGCGUGCGCGUUUCAGCCUCUUUACCUCCACUGUCGAGGCAAUCCAUCCUGUUCAACGUGCUGACUUAGAGUCCUACAUUAUCUAUUAUCUUCAGUUGCUCUCUUCAUCCUGGCUGCAUUUGCAUCAGGGAGGAAGGUUUCGUCUGAGAACGUUUAACAACAAAAGACAGCUUCAGUUUGACCCAACUGGCGCAGAAAGUCGAAAUGACGCCGCGACUGAACACAACAUCAGAGGUGUUUUGUGAUAUUUGAGCACGACCAAAAGCAGUGAGGUUAAAGAGAACACAUGCACAUAAAGGCUUCUUCACCGGACAACAAACGAGCUGAGGCAGUUUUGUUUUCCCACCUGAUGAGUCGAGAAGCGUCAGGAGCAGAAGUCCCAGGAGCGCACAGGAAGCUGCACGGGAUGCAGUAAAGCGCUGUACGGUGGACAGAGAGCCUGUCGGGCGAUGGGACAUUUAUUCCACGACGCCUGUUUCACCUGCAGCGCCUGCAGUAAGAAGCUCAGCGGGAAGCCGUUUUACACCGUGUCGGGGAGGAUCUACUGCGAGGAGGAUUUUUUGUACUCAGGAGUCCAUCCAUCCCCAGAGGUGUGCAGCGGCUGUGGGGAUGUAAUCAUGGACAUGGUGCUGCAGGCUCGAGGGAAGUCGUACCACCCGUCCUGUUUCCGCUGCGUCGUCUGCAGACGGGGCCUGGAGGGUCGGCCCUUCUCUGUCGACGCAGACGACAGAGUUUACUGUGUCAGCGACUUCCACAGGGUCCGAGCUCCUCUGUGUGCCGCCUGCAGAGCGCCGAUACUGCCCACCGAGGGGUCCGCAGAGGCGAUUCGAGUGGUUUCAUCUGACAGGAAUUACCACGUGGAGUGCUACAGUGGCGAGGUUGACCUCAUCUGAGGAGAAGGAGCAGGCUGACACUCAUCUCUCUGUUUAUUUAUUUAUUUGUGGUGAAUCAGUUGUUUUUGGCACAAUUUCACAUCUGGGAUAAAGUUGCUCUCUGUUUCUUGUCUCUCUUGGGUAAUCUUCUUUGCUUUAAUGUGAUUUAACGAGACCGUCUUUUGUGUUGUCUUUCGCGGCAAAUUUCCGAUUCAACUCCAUGAAAACCGAUAUCAGUGGAAUCAUAAACAGUGAAAUCAUGUCCAGCUCACUCAUAAUAAGGACGUGUUUUUUCUGCGGUGCUAUUCACCCUUUACACACAUGAGUUUGUGAUCAUUUUGCCCAUUGAACAGGCUGUUUUUCUACCUCAGAGUUUUUUUUUUUGGCUAUUUCAUAUGUACAAAGUUAGUGUCAAUAAGGAAAUAAAGAACUAUAAUGAAAAACUGAAAUAAUUUAGAGGGGAUUCAGACGGAAAUAUUUAUCAUUUUUAACACUGAAUUACCAUUAAACCAGAUGUUUUAUAUCUUUGGGGCCAUCCCUGAAGGAGCAAUAAAAAAAAAAAAGUAAG